AUGUCUCGGUUUUUCGCUCUGAAUUCUCUGCUAUUUUUGAUUUUGACGGAAACUACUGCCAGUCAGCUUUACACUAAUAUCUGGGCCGUAAAAGUGAGUGGCGGCCGACAAGCAGUCGAGAAGUUAGCGCAGAAGUACAACUUCUCCUAUCUCCGGCAUCUCUUUGAUGACUAUCAUACUAUAAAAAGUGUGAAAAAGUCUGGGAAGACCUUGCUAUCAUCAGAAAUUGACAGCAUUUUGCGUUCUGAGCCAAAGGUUGAAUGGUUUAUGCAUCAGAAAGAGAAAAAGUAUAAACUUUUACAGAUAAACCCAGAACUUCGUGAGAUGUGGUAUAUUAAAAGACCUGAGGGAUCUAAUGAACCAACACUCAAUGUCAUUUCUUCUUGGAAAUCUGGCUAUACAGGAAGAGGAAUUGUGGUGGGAGUAGUUGAUGAUGGAGUUGAUGGCAGUCAUCCUGAACUAAGAGACAACUAUAGAUGGGAUUUGAGUUACGAUUAUGUGGCUGACAAACAGGUGUCAUUUGGAACACCAGUACCAGGACAUGGUAAUAAAUGUGCAGGCGUCAUAGCUGGAAAACGCAAUAAUGGUUUAUGUGGUGUGGGAAUGGCUUAUGAAGCUAACAUUGCAGACAUUCGUUUUCUUGAUGAUGAAAACGGCGCAACUGAUGCAACAGAAUCUGCAGCCUUGGUGCACAAGCUAGAAAUUAUUGGCAUAUACUCCAACAGCUGGGGACCUGACGACUCGGCAUGCCAAAUAGAGGGUCCUGGACCGCUGACCAGUGCAGCCUUAGAAAAAGGCAUUAAAGAGGGUCGCCGUAAACGAGGUGCCAUCUACACGUUUGCAGCUGGAAAUGGCGGUAUAGUGGAGGACAGCUGUGCAUACGAUGGUUAUGUGAAUAGCGUUUACACUAACGCCAUCAACGGUGUGAAUAAAGAUGGAUCCCGUCCCAGCUUCGCAGAAGAAUGUCCUGCAAUCAUGGCCACCGCGUACAGUAGUGACAUGGGUGAAGGAAUUGUAACUGUUGAUAACGCAAAGGGUUGUGUCAAUGAUUUCACAGCUUCGUCAGCGGCUACUGCCAUUGCAUCAGGACUGAUUGCACUGACCCUACAAGCAAACUCUAAUUUGACUUGGCGUGACGUCCAACACAUCAUAGCCAACAGUGCAAGAGCAGCGCCCGGUGGAGUGUGGCUCAAACAAGGCCAUUGGCUGCAAAACAAGGCAGGGUUUAAUAUUAGCAGGGUUUAUGGCUUUGGGCUCAUGGACGCUGUCAUGAUGGUGAUGUUAGCAAGAACAUGGAUGGCGGUGCCAGCACAGAUAAAAUGCGAGAUCGAAGGCAGUGACAAAGACAUAAAAAUCCCUGGAAUGGUUUCAAUAGAAGUGAAAGAUUGUGCAAUUAAAUUUCUGGAGCACGUGCAGAUCAGAGUCAAUCUUAAUUUCUCUCGCCGUGGCGACUUGUCCCUGCAGUUGAGAGCACCAAGUAACACAACAUCUCCAAUGACUCGAAAGCGGCGCAUAGACAACUUAAAAGGAUUCAGAAACUUGACUGACUGGAUUAUUAAAUCUCUUUUUCACUGGGGAGAAGACCCGAAUGGCAAAUGGGAGCUAAAAAUUGAUGAUUUUGACAAGCGAUAUCCAAGUUCAGGUCAACUUCACAGCUGGUCCUUGAUAUUGUAUGGCACUUCUGUAAACCCCCUUAAAUCAGAACCGAGGAGCGAAAUAGAUUCGACACGGGCUAUACCUCCUGAGGAACCCACGCGACCGAUGGAAACAGUCACCCCAACUGAACAACCCUUGUCAACAGCCAAACCAACUGAACAACCCUUGUCAACAGCCAAACCAGUCACCCCAACUGAACAACCCUUGUCAACAGCCAAACCAACUGAACAACCCUUGUCAACAGCCAAACCAACUAAAGUAUCAUGGUGGAAAAUUGUGAUGUUCAUCGUACUGGGUUUACUUGCGAUGUCAAUACCGUUUGUUGUGUAUUGGUAUUGUCGAUUCUACAAAAAACAAGAUAACAACGCUGUAACCGUGCAGCAAGGAACAGUGAAUCGCAGUGGUCCGAGCUUCAACGUGUCUUUCAGCUGUUCCACAGAAAGUAUCAGAACGUGA